UGGAGGAGGACGCGAAGCGGAGGUGAGGAGGGGCGAAGGACGGACCCUUAGCCGGCUGUACCAUUCGACUAUGUGGGCAGCUUGCUGCAGCUGGUCAUGCCUCAAUGGACUACCGGAAGAGAUGCAGGCCCACCCUCAGCAGGGGGCUCGCACGCAGGCCUACUCCAACGCCGGCUACAGUUCCUUCCCUUCUCCCACGGGUUCCGAGCAGAGCUGUAAGGCCUGUGGGGCGCACUUCAACAACUCCUCCCUGAAGCACAUCUGCUUGGAUUGCAAAAAGAAUUUCUGCCCGGACUGUUCCCACCAGCCCGAAAGCGGCCCCUGCCUCUGCCUCCUCUGCGAGCGGUUCCGCGCCACGAACUUCCAGCGGGAGGAGCUGAUCAAGAUGAAGGUGAAGGACUUGCGGGACUACCUGGAGCUCCGGGAGAUCUCCACGGAGAUGUGUCGCGAGAAGGACGAGCUGGUGUUUCUGAUCAUCGGCCAGCAGGCCCCCGUCCCCCAAGGGGACAGGACUACUUGGGCGACGCCAUUUACGACGGACUCCGCCGUGCCACAGCCGGACUUUGAGGCUGUGCCGCAACCCGGAUUGCCGGACCCUACCUCAAUGGAGGUCUCCCCAGUUUGGGACUCGCCAGAUCUGGCCUCGCAGACCGAGGAAACCCCGCAGGCAAAUGGGCAUGUGCCACUGAGCCAAGGCGACAUGGGAGAAGUUGAGAACGCUGUUGAAGCACUGACCGAGGAGGAGACGCAGUCCACCGACUCGGAGGAGACCUUGGUCCUGGGACGCAGGGCCUCGCUCUCGGACCUGAAGAACAUGCAGGACAUUGACGCCCUCUCUGUGCGGCAGCUGAAGGAGAUCCUCGCUCGCAACUUUGUGAAUUAUAAGGGCUGUUGUGAGAAGUGGGAGCUGAUGGAGAGGGUGACCCGCCUAUACAAGGAGAAGUACCUUCAGCAGCUGGUUUCCGACACAGAUGAUCAAACCGCUCCAUCCAAGAACGCCACGCUUCCCGGCAUGGAAGAGAACCUCUGCAAGAUCUGCAUGGACUCGGUCAUCGACUGCGUCCUCCUGGAUUGUGGUCACAUGGUUACCUGCACGAAAUGCGGGAAGCGGAUGAAUGAGUGCCCCAUCUGCCGGCAGUACGUGAUCAGAGCCGUCCACGUCUUCAGGUCUUAAGGGGUGCCGGCAGCGGGACCGGCGAUUGUCUUGGGACGCUUCUUCAUUGUGACGGAGGGAGCAUUGGCUCACGAGCACCCUGCCCGACAUUCCUAAAAAGCUUGUGAGAGACAAACAGGAGGACCGCGGGCCCCUGAGUUUGUGUGGCUUCUAUUUUGGUGCGCGACCAUGUGUAAUACACCACAGUGCCUGGAGAGCUGGAAGUCCUCAGUACUAGUCACUCAAACACAACCCCAAUCUACCCCUUUCCCUUGUAAAGUUCUUGGCGAGGACUGGAGAGCUGAGGCUUUUCCCUCUCCAAUGAAUACACCAAGGUGGCCUAAGGAAGUCAGAGUGGAGACAGGGUUUGCUGCUACCAAUUCUCCUCCUUCCUCCCUCUAUAAAAUAUUCUGCUUCAGGUCAUGCCUUUCUUUGUUGGUCUUUAAAAAGUAGAUUUCAGGGGCUCAUUCCUUUUCUGAUUUUUUUUUUAAAUGUAAACCCUUUUUGGUUCUUUUAGCUUGCCUUAUAGUAGGUUGCCCCUUCUGUGGCUUUGGAGUUCUUGUAUAGAUGAGGUUUAAAGGAAUCAGGGAUGUCCAUGAAGAAGCGUCCGCUGUGGCGCCCUGCCGUGGGGAUUCGCAACUGUGAAGGACUUGAGAGAAAUGUUUGUGUGUCUGUGUACUUAACACGGACUUCUUGGGUCUACCUCCUGGCUUAGUUUUUUUUUUUUUAAAUGACUGUUAAUCUUGUGAGCAAGUGCCGUGGGUUGCUAGGAGUUGCAGCAAGUGAUGUUGGACUCGGUUCAAUGUGCAACGUUCCGCGUGCAAGGAGAAUCCCUUGGUCUGAGCCAGAUCUCACCUGUGCAGUUUGUGUGGGGGUGGGUGGGGGAAUGAAGUCAGAGGAACUCUCAGCAUCCCCCUAAAGCCAUUGUUGUGAAAGUGAAACCCUGCAUUUUAAUCAGCCCUCUGCCAUGGUGGCCCUUUGCUGUUCAGUUGUGGUUUCCGUCUCUGAUGGCUCAGCGGCAUUUCUCAGCCUGGGAUGAACAGAUUCCUUGACUCUGCUGCAGGCCAAAGACAGUCCAAGCUCGCUCAGGCUCCGAAGCUUCGUUUUGCCUUAAAAUGCCACGUUUGGCUUCUGAAGAUGCCUUUUGUUAAGGGAAGCCUGUCGAGCCAGUUUAUGGACUUCUGGCAGAAGUUCCAUGCAGGUGGUUAGAAAUGACGUUGCCAAAGGCUGUGUUUGUGUGUAUGUGGGGGGGAAUGUCUGUCCAACCAGCUCCUGCUGCCUCUUCUAAUUUUGUGUGCCUUUUAGCAGUUGCUGUGUUUUCUCACCCACCACCCGUUCACAGUCCCACUCUUUCAGGAAUUCAGAAAACUCUGCUUAAAGAUGAUGACGUUCAUCUCCGUGCCCUGAGAACAAAAGACCGUUUCCUUGCCAAUUGCUAUGCACUCACUGUGCGGAAACACUGUCGGAGAUCAAGGGUGGUCGGGAAGUAGCUUGGGUGGGUAACUUGGUUAUGUUUUUGCCAUCUGCUUUCACACUCGUAUAUUUAUUUUCAAAGACCACUGGCCUUUAACACCCUCCCCCCAGAGGCCUUACAAGAAAAACUGCUCGUUUUUAGCAACAGUAGCUCAGGUUGUGUUGGCUGUCUUGGUGUACUCUACCUCAGAGUAGAUGGGCUGAUAGUGAAGGCAGAGGCUGCAGUCUGGAGUUGGCAUCAAAACCCUCCCCCAAUCGCCAAGACACUGGAGACAGCCUAAGAAAGUCCCUUUCAGAAAUGUACAAAUCCUGAUGUUGCUUCCAACUCUUUUUUAAAAACUUGUGUAACCAGCUAGAUGUUUCUGGUACAGAACGAUUCCAAACCAAAGAUGAUCAUGACAUUGGCUGCUGCCCUAAUUGCUCAAGUAGAGGAAAGUUUGGGUGUUAUAUUUUUAAAAAACAAAUAAUGCCUAUCGCCUCUUAAAAAGUUGUUUGUGUUGCCGAUAGAAGAUGUAACAAAACAGACAAAAUGGUUAAAAGAGAUACCACUGUGACUCAUUUUAAAAUUCCAGGUUCUCAGCUAGAUUCAGAAGCCUUGUUGGAACUCCUUGAUUCUCAGCUCUUACCCCACCCUUGGGAACAGCUUUUUGCAAGGUCAUGCUGAUCUCUCCCCUCUUUUAAUACCAGGCACCUAACAGUCAAGUGCACUGGAAAGGCAAGAGAGGUGUUCAUAUGAUACACAGCAGGGGGAGUCGCCACCUUGGGCGUGACCCUCCAUGUCUCUUGAGUACAUCCCCAUUUGGCCAACUUCUUCUCUAACGGCACCUUGAGAAAGGAUCAAAACCUACCCAAGGUGCAGGGGGUCAAUGGCUUUCCAUUGUGAACUGGAGCAGAGUUAUUGGUGCAGAUUAAUGGGGAGAAUAUGCAACUCCCCCCUUACAAAGUUGAGUACUCUGGCAAAAGUAGAUGUUUUUGAUCCAAAGAGUUUGGUGGGUUGGGACCGAAAGGAAGCUACAUUCCUGGAAAACGUUUUGUAUCAACACCUUGUCUGACCUGCUUGAAAGUAAGUGUCUUCUGCGAGGAACAGUGUGGGUUGAAAAGGCUAACUGUGAUAGAGCGUUGUGCUUUAUAAUUUUGUAAUAAAAUGAAAAAUGUAAAAUAGCCUUUUUGUUUUUUGGUCUGUCUUGUCGUGCCUAUC